AUGGACAGCCAGACUCAGACUCUCCUUUCAUCCUCAUGCCAAACUGAUGUCGUCUUGACAUACGCGGUGGCCGCAACGAGCCGUGGCCGUGAUUUAUCCCCUCUUUUCGCGCCGCUUCUUGCGACAGAGUCAUCCUGGCUAUGCCUACUAUUUUUCAUCCCACCAUUUGCUGUAGGAGAUAUGACUGAAGCAGAAAUGGACGCCAAGUUUCCAGGACAAGUCUGUGUCGGAUACCCUCCUUCUCCGACCAUCGAAAACCCAGGACGGGUUUUCCCAAAGACCGACCCGAACAAAGCGCCUGUCGCCUCGCCAAAGCGAAAUACCCCCGACAAGUUCGUCGGCAACCCCUUCCUCAUGAACAGCGCUCUCGACAAGGUGGACCACUCGUUGGGAGAAGUCAUCUCCAUUCUGGAGCAGGAGGAAAGAUCGCAAGACCGUCAGGGCGGAGACAAUGCGCUCUUGCGCAAGUUCAGGUCCUGGAGAAACGAGUUGGAGAAUAUCCGAAUGGGCGAGGAGGAAAUUCCGGUCCCUAACCGUGCGCCAGAGAUAACGUCCGAGGCAGGGGGCAUGUUCGCGGAUUAA